AUGGCCUCUAAAGCAGCGAUUUCUGACCCCAUCACCGCAAGUGACAUAAUGGCUGUCGUCAAAAUCAACUGGGAGAAGCUGGCCGCCAAAGCCGGCUUCAAGGACGCUGCCACAGCCAGAGACCACUACGGAGCACUCCUUCAGCCCGGCGAUACGGAGAGUCCUUGA